AUGAUCCAGGAGGCCUGGAAAUGGGCGGCUGGGUCAAAAAACCUUCGCCGCAGCUCCAUACACGGAGAAGAGGAAGCACGGAUAGUAUUGCAUGACAAGUUCGAAGCCGGGGACAUGACCAAGCACCAGAUUGACAUGACUGGAAAUGUUCAGGUGGAAGACGAGGAUGGCACCCUGUUUGAUUCAGAUAUCCCCGAUUUGGAUGCCGAUGCCUCCGCAAUCACCACUGGCGUGCCAGGGGCUGCUGCCUCCAGCAGUGGGGAUGGGGCACAGCUUGAGUCAUUCUCCUCAAGUGCAAGCUUUAAGCUGUUGCAGCAGAUUAAACUUGUGCUGAACUACUUGAAGGAUUUGUUCACUACUAUGACGGAGAAGCAGUCCGAAGCGGACUUGAUCAUGAACAACUAUGUGGUGCGAGCACGGGCUAUCAAGUCAGCUCCAAGCGUGGUUGGUGCUUCAAAGGAUAAGCCAACUAAGCCCAAGAAAGUUGAGCAAGAUGGGAAAAAGCCCGCCAAAAAG